CGUUCUACGUGCUCUUCCACCUUGUGUGUACUUUGAGGAUGCUGUGAAGUCAGUGAAGGCAGCAGGGAGAAACCAGUGAUGGGAUCUACUUAUUGACAAAUGUAAAUAAAUGCUCUCUAGGAGGGCAGGUCGUUUUUUGUAAACCGCAAAGUAAAACAACACUAAAGAAAUAGAGCGACUGGAACCGCAGCUUGUUAAACAUGGAGGAAAGGGAUUAAUUUUUUGUUAUUGGGAAUGAUUAAGAUGAUGUAUAACUGGAUCAUGAGGUUUAUUGCUUAAGGGCAAAGGCAUUUAAGCCGAAGACACAGUUGAUUUAUUUUUGUGUCGGUGUGGAGGAUGAGCUGAAGGCUGUGUGGGACAAGUCUGUUUUUCUGAAGAAAAUCUGAAGAAGGAUGGGGAGAUCAUGAUAUUUCACCACUCAGUGGCCCGAAAAGAAGCCUGAUGUAAUUAACUGAAGGUUGAAAACCCACCCGGUGAUUUGAGUUACAAAAACUUAAGAAAGAAAGAAAACUCCUCUGAACUGCAGAAGAAUGGAUCCUUUUGAGAGUCCUCAAACCGACAAAAGAAAGGCCAAGAUGAUCUUUGGCCUCAAAGGCAAGAAGAAGAAGAAGAAGCCAACAAAGGACCUGGUCCUGGCAAACAAGGCAGCUAUGGAAAGUGAGUCAGAGAUGCCUCCUGAAGAGACUGCUGUUGUGGAAGAAGAAAACAUUGAGGAGCAACCAGGACCCUCUGCUGUCAGAACCAGAAUAAUUCCAGACAGAAAAAGGACCAAACUGAAAACUCGCAUCCAGAACGGUGAAAAGAAACCACAGAGCUUCCAGAUUUCCAUUAACAUCACAGAAGCCAGACAGCUGGUGGGGGAAAACAUCGACCCCAGCGUGGUGAUUGAAAUCGGGGAUGAGAAGAAACAGACGUCAGUGAAAGAAGGAACCAACGCUCCCUUUUACAAUGAGUAUUUUGUAUUUGACUUCUUUGCCCACAAAGACCUCUUCUUCGACAAAGUUAUCAAGCUUUCGGUGAUGCAUACGAAGAUGCUGAGGAGUACCUUUAUCGGCUCCUUUAAGCUGGACGUGUGGACAGUCUACAAACAGCCAGGUCAUCAGUUCGUCAAUAAGUGGGCCACGCUGACCAACCCUAGUGACAUUAGCACUGGGGUCAAAGGUUAUGUCAAGUGCGACAUCAGUGUCUCGGCAAAGGGAGACGCUGUACAACCAGGUCCAAAAGCGAGUGAUGCUGAGGAGCAGAUAGACAAGAACCUGCUGAUACCAGAAGGUUUUCCCGCCGAACGACCGUGGGCCCGUUUCUGCGUGAAGGUGUAUCGAGCUGAAGGCCUUCCCCGGAGUAACUCGGGCAUCAUGGCCAACGUCACCAAGGCUUUCAUAGGAGACAACACAGCACUCGUAGACCCAUAUGUGGUGGUCAGCUUCUUCAAACGAGUGGGUCGGACAUCCACCCAGAAGUCCUCAGCCGACCCGGUGUGGAACGAACAGAUUGUCUUCACAGAGAUGUUUCCACCACUGUGUCAGAGACUGAAGAUCCAGGUCUUGGACGCGGGAAGCAUGGCUGAUGUUGCGAUUGGAACCCAUUACUUUGACUUGAAGCGUGUCUCCAAUGAGCAGGACGGCGACAGAGGGUUUUUACCCACGUUUGGUCCUGCAUGGAUUAACUUGUAUGGAUCUGCCCGAAACAACUCACUGGGUGACGACACUGUGGAGAUGAAUGAGGGAAUCGGAGAGGGCGUAUCAUACAGGGGGCGGAUCUAUAUGGAGCUGGCAGUGGAGAUUCUAUCGGGAGGAAGUGGCACAGAGUCUAAACUCGGCAAGUUGGCCAAAGCCAUAAAGGACCCGAAAGCAGGAAAGGCCGGAGGAAAGGAUGCAGGACCACCAGCAGGAGGUGCUGCAGAUGACGACAAGGGGAAAACGGCGCCAGCAGAGGUCCUGCCGGUGGAAGCUCCUCCUGUGGAAUACAACAAAGAAAGCUUCAUGCUGUUUGGUGCACUGUUGGAAGCUACUUUGAUUGACAGAAAGAUUGGAGACAAACCAAUCAGCUUUGAGUUCUCCAUCGGUAACUAUGGUAACACCUUAGAGACUACAGGACCGCCCACGUCGACUGCCAGCCCGACUCUCCAUCGGAGGAGAAGAGCGCUGGAUGUUGCUGACAGUGGUGACAUGUCAGGAGCUUCUUUCAGCUCCUCGUCCUCCAACCCGUCUUCUCCCCUCCUGUCCAGAGAACCUCAGGAGUUGGCUUUGACGUCCAUCACACCUGCGGAAAAGCCACUCAUCGUCGAAGGAAACAGGUACUUCAUGUAUCUGCCCCUGGAGAAGCAGAAGCCAUGUGUUAAUGUGCUGAGUCACUGGGAGGACAGAACCUACCGACUCUACAACUCAAAUAUGCUGGAGAAUAUAGCUGCUCUGUUUGAGGAGGGUGUAGCCAGCGUGGGAGAGCUACAUAAGAAGUCUGAUCCAGAGGCGGCCCCAAAGCUCAAGAAAGUCCUAAAUGAAUUCUGCAUGGAUGCCAGGAGUUUCAUAUCAGCAGCAGAAGCCAAGAUGAAGGCGGAGCUGAAGUCCACUUAUCUGACACAGCUGGACAAGAAGCGCCUUACCCUGUGUAAACAGGAGCUGGAGAGUAUGAUUGGAGAGGCCCAGUCUUUGGGGGAGAGGAAGAGGAAAGUUGGUGGUGUGAAAGAAAUGCUGCAGGAUGCAACAAAACUCACACAGAGACUUCGCUUCCUUGUGGAGGAGCCCCAGCACACACUACCAGACGUGUUUGUGUGGCUGAUGAGCAACAACAAGCGCGUCGCGUGUGCUCGUCUUCAAGCCAGAGACCUGCUGUUCUCCAGCAAACUGGAGGCCCGGGGAGUCCACUGUGGCAAGAUAAUAACCCUGUUUCUGAAGCCUCCAGGGAAGCGUGUCGCAGGCUUCACUGUCCAAGCAAAGAUAGAUGUGCAUCUGUGGUUGGGAACCUGUUCAGAGUCCGAUUACAUGCUGGAUGACCUGCCUGAAGGAUUCAGUCCAGCCUCAGGGGGCGCUGAUGCCAACAACCCUCCAGCACACCUUCUCUGCACAGCCCAGCACAAGUUCCAGCUGAGGUGCCACAUGUAUCAGGCUCGUGGACUGAUCGCCGCAGACAACACCGGCUUGUCAGAUCCUUUUGCUCGUGUCACUUACCUGUCACACAGCCAAACCACCAACAUUAUCAGUCAGACUCUCAGUCCAACAUGGAACCAGUGUUUGCUGAUGAGCCCAAUGAUGCUGAGCGGAGACCUGCAGUAUAUCAAGCAGGAACCGCCACGCAUCAUCAUCGAGGUGUACGACGACGACGCACUGGGCAAAGCGGAGUAUCUAGGAGCCACAGUGGCAGUGCCUGAGGUCCGGUUGUCCUCUGAACCCUACACACCUCCAACCCUGCAGUACAGCCCGCUGCACUGUGGCAGCCAGUCAGGAGGAGACCUACUGGCUGCAUUUGAACUGCUGCAGCUCCCAAAGUCUGGACGGUUGAAUCUUCCGCCAUUGGAGGAAGAGGAAGGAGGCAAAUACAUGGUUCCUGCCAACAUAAGACCUGUUCUCAGCACCUACAGGCUCGAAGUGUUGUUCUGGGGUUUGAGGGAGUUGAAGAAGGUCCAGCUCCUGUCUGUUGAUCGUCCACAGGUCUUUAUAGAGUGUGCAGGUAAAACUUUGCGAUCCUCUGUCAUUCAGAGGUACAAGUCCAGCCCGAACUUCACCACGCUGGUUGAUGCCAUAGAACUGGAGUUGCCGGAAAAUGUAAACCUUCAUCCUCCUCUGAGUAUCACCACCGUUGACUGGCGAGCCUUCGGUCGCAGCACGCUGGUUGGAAACCACAUCAUCAACAACCUCAAAGCAUUCUUAUACACUCCACCUCCAGCCCCGCCUCCAGCUCCACCUGCUCCUGUACAGACUCACACACCACCCACGGACCCACAUGCAGCAGGACCUUCACAGGAACCAGAGCCACAGAGCUCUCAGGAAAUGUCUCAGCAUGCUGUAGAGACCAGUUCCACUCUAGCACUGACAAAUCAGGAUUUCCUUAUCACUGUGGAGGAAGAGGCCCCGCCUCCAGCCCCGCCCACGCCGAAGAAAGAACACAAAAAGAAAAAGGACAUCACCAAAAAGAGCACUCAUCGCUCCACCAAGCGGAAGAGGCGCACCAUCGCUGAUGAAUCAGCAGAGAAUGUCAUUGACUGGUGGUCCAAAUACUAUGCAUCUGUCGAGAAAGAGGCCAAACAGGAAGAAUCCAUGUUCCCACAGGGAUUUGAAAACGCUCAGGAGUACCACAGCCUGCUCGGCGAUGGAAUACAGUUUUUAGCUGGGACCCACUCGGAUGGAGACAAGAAGAAAAAGCAGAAAGGAAAAGUAACAAUAGGGCCAAAUGCUAUUCUGCCCACAAAAUUAGCCACACUCAAGAUCUACAACAAAGAACUGGAAGCAGAGUUUGGGCCAUUUGAUGACUGGGUGAACACAUACGAGCUGUUCAGGGGGAAAGCCAAUGAAGAAGAGGGGUCAACUGAUGAGAGGUUUAUCGGCAAAUUUAAGGGGAAAUUCUGCCUAUAUAAGCUUCCUGAGGAAGGGACACAGGACUGGGAUGAAGUUGCAGACUCCGGAGAGUUCAAAGUGAACAGAGGAAUCCCUCGCAACAGCCCGACUAAAGUCCUGAUACGGGUUUACGUUAUCUCUGCUUCCAACUUGCAUCCAGCUGACCCGGAUGGGAAGGCAGACCCCUACAUUGUUCUUCGCCUUGGCAAGAAUGAAAUCAAAGACAGAGACAACUACAUACCUAAACAGCUCAACCCUGUGUUUGGACGAUCUUUUGAGAUGCACGCAACGUUCCCUCAGGACUCUCUGCUGACGGUGGUAAUCUAUGACUACGACUUGGUGGGAGGGGACGACCUAAUAGGAGAGACUCGGAUUGACCUGGAGAACCGGUUCUUCAGCCGACACAGAGCCACCUGUGGACUGCCCAGUGAAUACAGCAUUGAUGGUUAUAACGCCUGGAGAGACUGCCAGAAGCCGUCAGAGCUGUUGUCAAAGAUGUGCCAAGACAACGGUUUGGACGGUCCUCAUUUCAGACCAGGUCACAUCACUGUGGCGGACAAAGUCUUCACUGGCAAAACGCUCUUCAUGCAAGACGACCAGCCACUGGAGAACUAUGAGCACUUGUCUCUGAAGAUCUUGCACAGAUGGGCGGAGAUGCCAGCUGUGGGAUGCAAGCUAGUACCAGAACACAUUGAGACCAGAACUUUGUUCAACAAAGCCCGGCCCGGCAUGGAUCAGGGUCAGGUGCAGAUGUGGGUCGAGAUGUUCCCCAUGGACUUGCCUCAACCUGGACCUGCGGUAAACAUCUCUCCUCGAAAACCAAAAGGGUAUGAGCUACGUAUGGUCAUCUGGAACACAGAAGAUGUGAUUCUGGAGGACAGUAACUUCCUGACGGGUCAAAAGUCCAGUGAUAUCUAUGUCAAGGGCUGGUUGAAAGGUUUAGAAGAUGACCGACAGGAGACUGAUGUCCACCACAACUCUCUGACUGGAGAAGGAAACUUCAACUGGCGCUUUGUCUUUCCGUUCAGCUACUUGCCUGCUGAGAAGGUUAUAGUGUUACAGAAGAGAGAGAGCAUCUUCUCUCUGGAUAAAACGGAGCAGAAACUUCCCGCCAUCCUCAUCAUGCAGGUCUGGGACUUUGAGACGCUGUCUUCUGAUGACUUCCUAGGGACUGUGGAGUUAAACCUCCACGGUUUCCCUCGAGGGGCAAAGACGGCCAAAUCAUGUAAGACUGACAUGAUGGACACUUCAGAGAAAAUCUCCAUCUUCCAGCAGAAGAGAGCGAGAGGCUGGUGGCCGUUCACCAAAUCCGGAGAGCUGACGGGGAAAGUGGAGGCCGAGUUCCAUCUUGUGACGGCGGAGGAGGCGGAGAAAAAUCCUGUCGGCAAAGCCCGGAAGGAGCCAGAGCCGCUUCCGAAACCAAACCGUCCAGACACGUCCUUCUCGUGGUUCGUAAAUCCCUUCAAGUGUUUCUUCCACCUGAUCUGGCAAAACUACAAGAAGUACAUCAUCGCCGCGCUGAUCGUGCUCAUCACGAUGCUGUUCCUCGCUCUGCUCUUUUACACGCUGCCGGGAGCCAUCUCACAGAGGAUGGUCAAUGGAUAACACACACUUGUUUUUAAAUCUUGCGUUCCUUAGCCCCUUAUCCUAACCUUAACCCAUCACAACUAACCCUUAACCUGAUCCAAUUCUAACCCUAACUCUAAAACCAGGUCUUAACUACACUAACUAAAUAC